AAUUUGAAUUUUUUAUUUCUUUUCCUUUUUUAUUUUGUGUUGUUUUAUUUUUAAUUUAAAAUUUCGUUAUGGACCGUCAUUAUAAGGAUCACUUCUGUAAAGUUCGUAAUGCUCGGUGUGAAAUUGAUAAUCGACCGCCAAAAUUUAAAGCUGGUACAUUUCUUCGAACAACUCGAAUGCGGCUCGAUAAUGAAUGUUCGAAGAGAAUCAUUUCGGAGAAUGUUGUAUUAAUGGAGAAAUUGAAUCAAAUUCAAAGAAUUGAAGGUGAAAUUAGUCCUUAUAAUAAAGUUACCGGUGUUCGAAAGACAAGGGUUCAAAAUGUCAAAAACUGGUUGCGAAAAAUCGAUGAGGAAAAUUUUUAUCUUGGUCGAAAAUUGAUUUGUGCUAAACCGACAAUGAAGACAAGGCCACCGGCAGUUAAGCAUAUUCCGAGGACUUCUCAUGAUCAAGAGGAAUAUCGUAAAGAACUCUUUAAACAAUAUGAAGAUGUUAUGCCAGUUCGUGAUAUUAAUACGGUUCCGUUGCUUCUUUGGCCAAAAAUCUAUGUUGAUCUAGAAAUCAAAGAUUUUCGACCUUUAGACAGAAUAGUCUUGGUUCUUUGUACUGAAGCUGCUCCAAAUGUUGUUCUACAUAUAGUUCGAAUGUGUAAGAAAGGGGAAAUUCCUAAACCUGAAGGUCUUGAACUUGGUUCUACACAAAAAAUCAAUCCACAUAUUGAUCAUGGACAAAGUGGUACAUUGAAUCUUUUGGAAAGAGAAUCGAAAGGAUGCUUUGAGUUUAGUUUGAGUUUUAAACCAUUGAAGGUUUUGAAUGGAAAAAGUGUGGCUUUUGGUAAAGUUAUGGAGGGCUUGAAGGUUUUGGAUGGACUUCAAGAUUACGGUACGAAGAACGGAAAACCAAAGAAACAAAUUGUUGUGAAAGGUUGUGGAUUAAUAAAAUGA